GCUGAUUCGAGGGCUUGUUUUGUCACAAGCGGAGCCUCUAAGGAGUGGUACCUGGCGGGGCCAUGCGGUCCGAGGGUCGCUGCUGGGAGACCUUGCAGGCGCUGCGCAACUCCGACAAAGGCCGCCUGUGCUACUACCGCGACUGGCUUCUGCAGGGCGAGGAUGUUUUAGAAGAAUAUAUGUCUCUCCCCAAGCUGUCUUCUUACUCUGGAUGGGUGGUAGAUCAUGUCUUACCCCAUAUGCAAGAGAAUCCACCUCCAUCUGAGACGUCAGCAUUGUCUACCUCAGCCCUAGACCAACCUUCAUUUGUUCCCAAAUCUUCUGUCAGAAGCGCUGUAUUCUCAUUAGUCACCCACGCAACACCACCAAAUGGAACCAAGGGCAAACAUGAGAUGCAGCAUACAGAAUCUGUGGUACUUCAGUCCUCCCGGGGGAUAAAAGUGGAAGGCUGCAUCCGAAUGUAUGAGCUGCUGCACAGAAUGAAAGGGACUGAGGGCCUGAGGCAAUGGCAGGAGGAGCAGGAGAAGAAGGUGCAAGACCUCUCAGAGAUGGCAUCGGAACAACUGAAGCGGUUUGAUGAACGGAAGGAACUGAAGCAGCAUAAAGAAUUCCAGGACUUACGGGAAGUGAUGGAGAAGAGUUCCAGAGAAGCCCUGGGGCACCAGGAGAAACUAAAAGCUGAGCAUCGUCACAGAGCAAAGAUUCUCAACCUGAAGCUGCGGGAGGCUGAGGAUCAGCGCCUGAAACAAAUGGUGCAGGAGCGGCUUCGGAAGGAAGAAGGCCAGGUCCGCCUGCGGAGCCUCUAUACCCUGCAGGAGGAGCUGCUGCACCUCAACCAGCAGCUGGACUCCUCUGACCAGCACAGAGAUCUGCUUAAGAUAGACCUCUCCGCCUUCAGGACCCGAGGCAACCAGCUAUGCAGUCUCAUCUCGGGGAUCAUUAGGGCUACUUCUGAGAAUGGCUUUCCUACAGCGGAGGACCAAGCUGUAGCUGAGCGAUCUCUGCAGGAAAUGCGGGACCUCCUUACAAAUUUGCAGCAGGAGAUCACCCGAGCCUGUGAAAACAAGCGUAGGCAAGAUGAAGAGGAGGCCCAGGUAAAGCAGCGAGACUCACAGAUGCAGCAGGGGCCAGAGGUCCACAAAGAGUCCCCAGCUCCCAUCCAGGGCCCAGAACAGAAACAGAAUGAAGACCUCCAGGUGAAGGUACAAGACAGUACAAUGCAAUGGUACCAGCAGCUGCAGGAUGCCUCCAGUCAGUGUGUGUUGGCCUUUGAGGGUCUGACCAGCAGCAAAGACAGUCAGGCCAAAAAGAUAAAGAUGGACCUACAAAAGGCUGCCACCAUCCCAGUAAGCCAAAUCUCCACCAUUGCAGGCUCCAAGCUGAAGGAGAUCUUUGACAAGAUCCACAGCCUGCUUUCUGGAAAACCUGUUCAAUCUGGUGGGCACACUGUGUCUGUCACACUUAAUCCACAAGGACUGGACUUUGUCCAGUACAAACUGGCAGAGAAAUUUGUGAAACAAGGAGAGGAGGAAGUGGCCUCUCAUCAUGAAGCAGCGUUCCCCAUCGCAGUAGUGGCAUCUGGGAUCUGGGAGCUCCACCCCAGAGUGGGGGACCUUAUUCUUGCUCAUCUACAUAAAAAGUGUCCUUACUCUGUUCCUUUCUAUCCAGCUUUCAAGGAGGGAAUGGCCUUGGAAGACUAUCAGAGAAUGCUUGGCUACCAAGUGAAGGAUUCCAAAGUGGAGCAGCAAGACAACUUUCUAAAACGUAUGUCUGGGAUGAUCCGUCUCUAUGCUGCCAUCAUCCAGCUCCAAUGGCCAUAUGGGAACCAACAAGGGGUUCACCCUCAUGGCUUAAAUCAUGGCUGGCGCUGGUUAGCACAAAUCUUAAACAUGGAGCCCCUGUCUGAUGUGACAGCUACCCUCCUCUUUGAUUUUUUGGAGGUGUGUGGGAAUGCCCUCAUGAAACAGUACCAGGUCCAGUUCUGGAAGAUGAUACUUCUCAUCAAAGAGGACUACUUCCCCAGAAUUGAAGCCAUCACAAGUUCAGGACAAAUGGGUUCCUUCAUACGCCUCAAGCAGUUCCUAGAGAAAUGUUUGCAGCGCAAGGAGAUUCCUGUUCCCAAGGGCUUUCUGACGUCUUCCUUCUGGCGCUCCUGAUGUCAGCUUUGUUACCCACUAGAGGCAAUUGUGAGGAAGCAGUAAUAAAGCAACUGAAGACAGCUGUUUUGAGGAGAAGUCAUGUCAGAUUUAGAAAUCUGCCAGUGUGUUUUUAUAUAUUUGUACUGGGUGGCUAAGAGGGAAGAUUUUCAUGGGUCACAAAAUCUAUGAGGUCCUGUAGUAAAUUUGGUAGCUUCUCAAGGGGUUCGUAUGAUGGAAUAAAUGGAAUUGGCCAUUCCCAUUUCUGUGAAAGUUGAGAAGAGGUUUUUAACAUUUCAUCUUAUCCUUUGUUUUCCUUUGUCUCUGGUAUUUUUCAGAUAGUAAGGGACACCUUAACUAUUUAACUCUGAGCUAAAAUGAGCUCACUUCCACUGUCCUCCCCUAACUCCUGUUCAAAUGAAUUCCCAAGAAGAACAAACACUCACGAGAUCCCCUUUAAAGUAUCGUUUAAUAGUUGACACCCAAUUCCUUACAUUUAAGCCUAGGUUAUGGUUGGUUUGCUUUUCUCAGCUUGUGGAGUAGUUACAAAUCCAGAGGAAAAGUGCAGUGGAAACAUGGACUGAGGCCCAAAUUACAUCAUGGACGGCUGAGUUUGUCUUCUGAAUAGCUAGAGAUGUUACGACCCAGAGUAGGUGCCCUUUUUUUUUUUUUGCUUUUCAGUUUGAAUUAAGAGACUGAAAUGGGGCUUUCAGCAUUAUACAUGAGCUGAGCAUCCAUGAGUAAUGAAUCAGAUUAAAUAAAGAUGUUAGGUAGAAAUUGAGAACUGCGUUGUAACUUUUCACACAUUCUGAAUAUAUGAUGAUAUGUUUGCCUAACUAAAGCUGCUGCAAAAAUGCAGAGCUGACCCUUCAGAUAAGAGUUGAGAUUUAUUUUAUGAAAGGAUACAUUCUCUUUUAUACUUCAGAGGCUGUGGCCAUGGAUCUGUUCUGUACUAAGUGUCAUGGGGGGCAGGGGGUUGUUCACUGGUAUUCUUGAGUGGCUUGAAGUGACCCAUUCUAUGAAUUGUUGACUGUGGUGCCAAAAAGUAAACAAUAAAGUUUGGUUUUUUAAACCCA